AUGGAGGGGCCGUGGGGCGGCGCCGACUGGCGCCUGGCGCUGGGCACGCUCUGCUCCGUGCUGCUGCCCGUGCUGGUGACGCUGUGGUGCAGCGCGCAGCGCUCGCGGCGGCAGCUGCUCAUCCGCGACAUCUUCCGCGGCAGCAAGCACGACUGGCGCUACACGGACCUCUUCGGGCAGCCCUCGUACUGCUGCGUGUGCGCGCAGCCCGUGCUGCGCGGCGCCUUCUGCCGCUGCUGCGGCCGCCGCGCCGGCGAGGGCUGCCUCAAGCGCGCCGAGCGCCGCUUCCCCUGCAAGGAGGCCGUGGGCCGCGCCAGGGGCCACCACUGGAUCCGCGGCAACGUGCCGCUCUGCAGCCACUGCCGCGCGUGCGGCCAGCAGUGCGGCACGCAGCCCAAGCUCUGCGACUACAGAUGCGUGUGGUGUCAGCAAACUGUGCACGACGAAUGCAUGCAGACCUCUCUGAAGAACGAGGAGUGCACUUUUGGGGAAUUCAGAGACUUAAUUAUCCCACCAUACUACUUAUCCGCUAUCAAUCAGAUGCGUAAAGACAAAAGAACAGAUUAUGAAAAGAUAGUACCUUACUGCAGGAAACACUGGAUGCCAAUAAUCGUGCUGGCUAAUACUCGUAGUGGAAACAACAUGGGUGAAACCUUACUAGGAGAAUUUAAAAUUCUACUGAACCCUGUUCAGGUUUUUGAUCUAAGCAAAAUAGCACCUGCUAAAGCACUCCAGCUUUGUACCUUGCUGCCCUGCAAUGCUGUCAGGGUCCUCGUCUGUGGAGGCGAUGGCACAGUGGGCUGGGUCCUGGAUGCCAUCGAUGAGAUGAAGAUAAAGGGGCAGGAACGCUUUAUUCCCCAAGUUGCAAUCUUACCUCUGGGAACAGGCAACGAUCUGUCUAAUACACUGGGCUGGGGUGCAGGUUAUGCUGGAGAAGUCCCUGUAGAACAGAUCUUACGAAAUGUCAUGGAAGCAGAUGGAAUCAAACUGGACAGAUGGAAGGUUCAAGUAACAAAUAAAGGAUACUACAAUUUAAGGAAACCAAAGGUGUUCACAAUGAACAACUACUUUUCUAUAGGACCUGAUGCUCUUAUGGCUUUAAAUUUCCAUGCGCAUCGGGAGAAGACUCCCUCUCUGUUUUCCAGCAGAAUUAUUAAUAAGGCUGUUUACUUUUUCUAUGGAACCAAAGACUGCUUAGUACAAGAAUGUAAAGAUCUCAACAAGAAGGUUGAGCUAGAGUUGGAUGGCGAGAGAAUCGAGUUGCCCAACUUGGAAGGCAUCAUUGUCCUGAAUAUUGGAUACUGGGGAGGUGGCUGCAGACUCUGGGAAGGAAUGGGUGAUGAACCUUAUCCCUUGGCAAGGCAUGAUGAUGGACUGCUGGAAGUUGUUGGAGUUUAUGGUUCUUUUCACUGUGCCCAGAUACAGGUGAAGCUGGCAAAUCCUGUUCGUCUAGGGCAGGCACAUACAGUAAGGCUGAUCUUGAAGAGUUCAAAGAUGCCAAUGCAGGUGGAUGGUGAACCGUGGGCUCAGGGGCCCUGCACUGUUACCAUAACUCAUAAGACACAUGCACUGAUGCUCUAUCACUCCGGUGAGCAAACGGAUGACGACGCUUCCAGCCUGUCUGAGCAAGAGCACGUGAGAGAGCAGACUGAUGAAGAUGUGUAGGUUUUUAAAACUUAACGUAAUACCGUGAUAAAGUUUGUGUUUAAAAGCACUGAGAACAUUUAAUCCAGAUGAAAGCUUAUGCUGUAAGGUUCAUGCUUGUGAACAAACUAGGGGUGAGGAAAAAGCCAUGCUUUCACACUCAUGAAAACUUUCACAGCUGAAUUGCUGCAACUACUUUGCCUUUUUUUUUCCAAUUGGUGGUGCCCAGUCCUUCCAGCUGCAAGAGUUGGUUACUCCAAUGGCAGGAGAGGGACAGAUACUGCAGCCUUUCCUUGCUGAGCUAGCAGACAUCAGCACGUGCACAGUGUAAUGUGCAAGAGGCUUCCUACUCCCAGAGAGGGAUCACGUGGGAGUUCAGCCUGCUUCCACCUGCCCUUUUUCCCAGGAGCAGCUCCCGAUCAGACAAGUAGCAUGUGGGCUGAGUAUUCUGGUAAGAGCCUGCUCCUGCCUAUCAUAUUUUCUGGGGAGUGGAGACCUGCUUCUCUGAGAAUCUGCAUGUGCAGAACAUAUCUAGUAGCUUUGACCGGAGGAUCCGGGUUCUUCGGAGAAGUAGGUAAGCAAAGAAAAUGUUUUUGGAGAAAAGGCUUCUGGAAAUGGUCUGUUAGCCAGUGACUCUUUCAGGGGCUGUGUAAGACAAAGUAAUGUACUCCUGCGGGCCUCAGGACCCAAGAUGCAGCAUCAAGAUAAUUCCACUAUGACUUGUACUGAAUGUUCUUGUGGCCAGCUGCUCCCAUUAAAUGAGGGUCAGUUCUAGGCUUUUAUAAAUAAGCAGCCUGUCUUGGUUCUUAAACAGGCUUGUUGGAAGAGACCAUGGACCAGAGAGCUCUUUUUGGUUGCAUAUAGUGGGGUUUUAAAGAAAUUAGGAAGCUCAGCAAUGCUUUUAAAGGGCUGCUAAAGAUCUUCUGUGAUAAUUAGCUGAAAAUGAUAUGGCAGGGUGUUGUGUUAUCCAUGUCAGUUGUGAGUGUAGGGGUUGAGAGGCAAGCUCGCAGAGGUUAGCAGGUUCUAGCC